CAUAAAGAUGCUUAUGAUGUGAAGAAGUAUAUCCUCCGUGAUGGAAACUUUUGGAACCAUAUUGCCUAUUGCAUCAAGAGUGUUUUGCCUCUUGUUUGUGUCUUGAGAGAGGUUGAUUCAGAAGUGAGACCCGCCAUGGGAUUUAUUUUUGAGUUGAUAGAUGCCGCAAAAGACAAGAUUGCUAGUAAUCUUGGAAAUGUGGAAGCGAAGUAUGCACCUAUUUGGAAGAGAAUAGAUAAUAGGUGGAGUCCACAACUUCAUCAACCAUUGCAUGCGGCGGGUUAUUACUUGAACCCUCAAUUUCGAUAUGAAGAAAAUUUUUAAAAAUACCGAGCAUGUGAAGAAGGGUUUGGAAGAUUGCAUGGAUAGGAUGCUUGAUGGUGAGGCUCGUAUCCAAGCGGAAAUACAAUUGGACCUUUAUGAGCGAAAACUUGGGAAGUUUGGAAGUGCAAUGGCCGAAUCUACUAGAAAAAUCCGAUCACCCGUGUUUUGGUGGGAGAAAUAUGGGACACAAACACCGGAGUUGAUGAAUUUUGCAACUCGGGUCCUUUCCCUUACUUGUAGUGCAUCGGGGUGUGAAAGGAAUUGGAGCACUUUUGAAAUGAUUCACACUAAGAAGAGGAAUAGACUUGAGCAUAAGAGGUUGCAUGCCUUAGUUUAUGUGAAGUAUAAUAUUGCUCUAAGAGAUAGGACUUUGAAGAGAAACGCUACAAUGACCGAUCCUAUUGUUGUGGAAGAGAUUGAAUCGGAUGAUGAAUGGAUAACCGAGAUAGAGGAUCCGGUUCUUCCCACCGAUCCACAUUGGAUUGAGGACAAUGUGGAAGAAUUGACAUUGGAUGAUGGAGCGAUCCGAAAUGUGCCAAGUGGUACAUAUGAAAGUAGCCUAAUUAGUCGUGAUCCUCCUCCCCGUGUGCCUUCUCCUCCUCCCCAUGUGCCUUCUUCUCCUCAUGUGCCUACUCCUUCUCGUGAGCCUAUUCCUUCCCGUGAGCCUACACCUUCUCUUGAUGAGCCUAUCCUUUUCUAUAAAAGGAAAUUUAUGGAAGGACAAAGUUCAAGUAAGAGAAAAGCACCAAGAAAAUCAAUGCUUCUUGAUGACAUUGUAGAUGAUGAUACUAGAAGUAAUCGGUUUGAUGAUACUAAUCCUCUCUUCCAAUACGGUGAUGAUGAUGAUGAAGCGCGGGAGCCUGUACAACAGAGGUUGUGGUUCCCUGUAUUUGAAUCUGCUUCUGAGGCUCUGGACAGAAAUAUAACAGAUAUUCAGACAGCCAUAGAUGGUGGUUUUGAAAUGGAUGUGUUAAAUGAUAAUGGUGGCUUUGCAGCAAUGGCGUGGCAUCACGAGGAGUUUGCGGGCAAAACGCUUCUUAGUGCUCAAUUCAGUUGCUUUUUGCCAGGAUUCAUCUUCACCAACUCCAAGUUCAUCAGGUACCUUGACAUGUAUUCUCCUAUAAUUAACUAA